AAUUACAGACACACUCUCUCACUCUCUCUCGCUUAAGAGUGUGUGUAGAAAAUGAAAAUGCUAUCCGCUCUUCAAACCCCGGCCUCUUUAUCUCGCUUCUCUCUCUUCCGUCCUUCAAACCCCUUCACUUCACGCACUCUCCCUCACGCCUCUCUCUCCGACGCAACCACCACCGCACCGCCACAAUCCCAAAUCCUCUCCAUCCGCCACUCCCUCCUCUCCGGCAACCUCACCGCCGCCGACCUCGUCAACUCUUAUCUCAACCGCCUCCGCCUCGCCGAGCCCCACCUUCGCUCCUUCCUCCACAUACCCGAUGACGCCGCCCUCCUCGCCCAAGCGCGCGACCUCGACGCCAGAAUCGCCGCCGGCCAGGAACUCGGUCCCUUGGCUGGCGUCCUCGUCGCCGUCAAGGAUAACAUCUGCACCGCCGACAUGCCCUCCACCGCCGGCUCCCGCAUCCUCGAUGGAUACCAGCCGCCGUUUGAUGCCACCGUCGUCAAGAGAGUGAAGGAGUUGGGUGGCAUUGUUGUUGGCAAGACCAAUUUGGAUGAGUUUGGUAUGGGCAGCACCACUGAAGGAUCUGCAUUUCAGGUGACUGCCAACCCAUGGGAUAUUUCUAGGGUGCCAGGAGGGUCGUCAGGAGGAUCAGCAGCUGCAGUUUCUGCCAGACAGUGUGUUGUAUCGUUGGGAAGUGAUACUGGUGGAAGUGUGAGGCAGCCAGCAUCUUUUUGUGGUGUUGUAGGCUUGAAGCCAACAUAUGGGCGUGUCUCAAGAUUUGGACUUAUGGCGUAUGCAUCAUCACUUGAUGCUGUUGGCUGCUUUGGUUCAUCAGUUGCUGAUACUGGGGUUCUCCUUCAUGCAAUUGCUGGUUAUGAUAGAUUUGAUGCCACCUCAAGUAAGCAGGAUGUACCCAACUUUCUAUCUCAUUUUGUCUCUGCAAGUGCCUUGGAAAGUAAGCCCUUGAAGGGACUGAGAGUUGGUAUAAUCCAUGAAACUAUUGAAGAUGGUGUUGAUGCCGGAGUAAGUUCUGCAAUUCGUGCUGCUGGUUUGCAUUUGGAGGAAUUAGGAUGCUCUGUGAAUGAGGUCUCACUGCCAUCCUUUUCCCUUGGGUUGCCAGCCUACUAUAUCCUUGCUUCGUCUGAAUCAUCUUCCAACUUGUCACGCUAUGAUGGUAUCAGAUAUGGAAACCAAGUUUAUGCGGAUGAGCUAGAAUUGCUUUAUGGAGACUCUCGCGCUAAAGGGUUUGGUUCUGAGGUCAAAAUGAGAAUUUUGAUGGGGACAUAUGCUCUUUCAGCUGGUUACUAUGACGCAUAUUACAAGCGUGCACAACAGGUGAGGACCAUAAUUAGGAAUAGCUUUAAGGAGGCACUGAAUCAAAAUGACAUCCUGAUAUCCCCUGCAGCACCUUCAGCUGCUUAUAAAAUUGGUGAAAAGAAAAAUGAUCCUUUGGCUAUGUAUGCUGGUGAUAUUAUGACUGUAAAUGUUAACCUAGCUGGACUACCUGCCUUGGUUUUGCCAUGUGGAUUUGUUGAAGGUGGGCCUGCAGGCCUUCCAGUUGGCCUGCAAAUGAUUGGUUCAGCAUUUGAUGAGGGAGAGCUGCUGAGAGUGGGACAUAUCUUUGAGCAAACUCUUGAAAAUUGCAGAUUUGUUCCACCAAUUGUAGCCGAUAACAUUGCAUUCUGAAUAUAAGUUAUCAUUCUACAUUUUGGUGACCCAUAAAUAAUUUCAUUAGUUUCAUGACAUUGUGGUGGCUGAAGCAGGUAUUUUAAGCCAGUUCAGUACAUGCUAGUGUGAUUCAAAUUAGAACUUGAAGGAAAGUAUUGGUUUGACACAGGUAAUACUUUCUCCAAAUGUUUUAUUCACACUUGACUGGAACUGGGUUGAGGGAUUGCUUGAAAGUUCACUCUUUGAAGUGCCUUUUGAUGUUUUGGGUUGGGGGGGUUUGUCACUGGCUAUGGUUAGCAAUUGUAUGAAUAAUGAAUAUGUUUUAAUCUAUUCAUUGUACAACUAGCUAGAUUGAUAUAGUGUAAAGGAGCAAAUGGCCUAUAUCGCUUUUACCAAACAAUUUGGCCUUUUAAUUUAUUGCUGAGGAUUUCUCUUUUCAUUAUUAGGUUCUGAAACUUGAAUAAGGAAUUGAUUUGAACUUCUAUUCUCUUUUUAUACUCGCUUGUAUACUAGGCUUCAAUCAGUAUGCUGUUAAAGUUUACAUUGAAAUGUGCUUGUAGCCAAGGAAGAACACUUUUGACAGCUCCUAAUAGUAAGUACAAAGGGGAACCUUCUUGUUACAAUAAGUGUCGGAGUUUAAAUUGUUUGUGGGUGUGACUAAUCAGAAUUUGAAAACAAUGUUUACCAUUACUUUACCCCACCUAAUGUUGUGUGAAAGAGUUCUCAUUCCUUGGAAAUGGAUAUUCUCAUAUGUUGGUUAACAUGGUCAUGUUAUGUGAGAGCAUCCUAGUCAUAUAAG